AUGAAGUUGGCAAUACUCAUUGCUGUCGCUUUUUGCUUUUGUCUUCUGAAUGCACAAGUGAACAGAGUAGGUCCACCUGGACCACCUGGACCAAUAGGACCACCUGGCCUACCUGGAUUAAAAGGCGAUAAAGGUGAUCGUGGUGCAGCUGGAAGACCCGGCCUACAAGGACCGCAGGGACCAGGUGGGCGGCGGGGCAGAACUGGAAAUACGGGGCCAAUAGGACCACCCGGCUCCCCCGGUCCAAGAGGAGCACAAGGUGAACGUGGCGAAAGAGGUUUAGAAGGCCCAAUAGGACCGCCAGGCCCAAAAGGAAUGGUGGGCGCAACUGGUCAGAAAGGGGAGCCUGCAGCGUAA